AUGUUUCUCCCGUGCGAGCGAAGCACGCGUUACGUGCGUCUUACAUCACCCCCCAAUGAGCACGGCAGGCUCCCGGCGGCGCCGGGCGAGGCGCGCGCGCGCUGCCGCUGCAAGGCCGGCCACGUGCCGUGGGCGCGCGACGGCGCCUGCUACCGCCUCUACACGCGCGGGCCCUGCCCGGAGGGCCAGUUCCUGCUGGACCGCGGCACGUGCGCCACGCUGUGCCAGCGCGGCCGCCUCUACUUCCCGGAGCGCAACAUCUGCUACCGCGUGGGGCUGCGCGGGCCGUGCCCGCGCGGCCAGGUGGUGCUGUUCGAGUCGGCGGUGCGCGCGUCGGUGGACGGCGUGUCGUACCGCGGCACGUGCGGCUGCCCCGACGGCCGCGGCGGCGGCGCGCGGGACUGCUCCCGCGGGGCGGCGGCGGCGCAGGGGCCCGUCUACUGCGACGCCAAGGCCGGCAUGGUGCGCUGGAACGGCACCUGCCACGCGCUCUACUCGCGCGGGCCGUGCGCGCAGAACCAGUGGUUGGUGCCCGAGCGCGAGGGCCGGCUGCUGUGGGACGAGGCCGGCUGGCGACGCAAGCAGAGCGCCGCCCGCUGCGACUGCCGCCCGGGCUACAAGGCGGUGCGCGCAGGCGCCGGCGACGCCAGCGGAGACGGGGACCUGCAGUGCCAGCCGCCCGCCGUCUCCCUCGCCAAGUUCCUCAACCAGAAGUACCACCCCGACACCGACAGGGGGCCCGACCAGUGGUGGUGA